CCUCCUGGAUGCCAUGGCAACGAGUCCGCGCCCCGCGCACUGCUGCUUCUCGGGCCGGACCCAGGCUGGACCGCGGGCCCCGGCCUGGGGGCCACAGCUGCCACCGCAGCCGCCACCUCGUCUCCUCCCCGUCCCCGCUCCGCCGCGUGUCUCCUCGCCUCAUUCGGGCCCACGGCCGGGGUCCCUCCCCGCCGCCACACCCCGCGCGGAUGCCGAAGGUGAAGGCUCUGCAAUGCGCCCUAGCGCUGGAGAUCCGCUCUGUGACCUGUCCAGGAGUGGUGCUGAAAGACAAGGAGGACAUCUAUCUUAGCAUCUGUGUGUUUGGCCAAUACAAAAAGACACAAUGUGUCCCAGCCACUUUUCCAUUGGUCUUCAAUGCCAGAAUGGUGUUUGAAAAGGUGUUCCCAGAAGCAGUGGACCCUGGAGAUGUGGUUGCACAGCUGGAAUAUGAUACAGCAUUGUUUGAGUUGAUUCAACUAGUUCCACCAGUGGGUGAAACACUGUCUACAUAUGAUGAAAACACACGCGAUUUCAUGUUUCCGGGUCCGAACCAACUCUCUGGGCACCACGACUCCAACCGCCAGGUCACCAUGAGCAGGAUUUCUGGCCUUCGCGGAAUUGCUCCAAAGCUGGAAUUUUCUACAACCUCAGUGAUUACUGAAUGUCUGAUAAGCUCAAGGAAGUGCCGCACUCAGGAUAAGUAUAUGUACCAUACGGCUCCAGUUGAAAAAUCACACGGCAGACUGCAAAACAGAUCAUCAAGAUCACAAAAGAAAAAAUCCAAGUCCCCUGAGAGAAAUAAAUAUUGUGUAAAUGCAAAAAACUACGAACAGCCUACAAUAUCUUCAAAGUCACACUCUCCAUCUCCCUACACAAAAAGACGCAUGUGUGAGCUAUCUGAAGACACCAGGCGGCGGCUGGCGCACUUAAAUCUGGGACCCUAUGAAUUCAAAAAAGAAACAGAUAAACCUCCAUUUGUGAUUAGACAUGUCGAUCCUCCAAGUCCCAGGGCUGAUCAUUUUUAUGGGUCUUCUGGCAGAGACUGUGAAAGAGAUGGAUGGUCGAGGAUGCACAAUGAUCAUUCUCAUCUUGGCAGCUACAGACCCAAGGAUUAUAAGGUUAUCAGGACACCCCAUGGGAGAGACAUCGAUGACUCUUUGGAAAGGUGUGAUGAGUAUUUGAGCCCAAGGUCAUGUAGCAAGCCCCAGCAUUCCGCGAGGACCAUACAUGUCCAUUCGGCACCCUCAACAAUGCUGAAGCAUUCUCCAAGCCCUGUGUUAAAUCGAGCUUCUCUCAGGGAAAGAUUCCAUUCUGAUUGGUGUUCACCUUCAAACUGUGAUGAGAUCCAUGACCGGGUAAAAAAUGUCUUGAAAUCACAUCAGGCUCAUCAAAGACAUUUAUAUGAUGAGAGAGAUACAGAGAAAGAAGAAGAACUAGAACUGAAAAGAGGUCUUUUCUGCCGAGACUAUGCCUAUGACAGUGACCCUGAGUACAGCUCAUUUCAGCGGCCACAUGGUGUAUUCCAUUUGGAUGAUGGUGAAUACUGGUCCAACAGGGCAGCCACUUAUAAAGGAAAAUCCCACCGACCCAUCUUUGAGAACAGCAUGGAAAAGAUAUACAGGAACUUGUACAAGAAGGCCUGUAGUUCUGCUUCUCAUACACAGGAAAGCUUCUGAGGCCACCCACAAUAAACCGUGUGAAUGUCCGUGUCAACUUCCCAAUGAAAACGUUUGAUGCGAUCGAUACCUGUAUUCCUUUUUUUUAACCAGGUGGUUCUAAUUGAGAAUACUAGUGAGACUUGAAUAAGUUUAUUACUUCAAAUGGUACACUAUCAACAGGCAAGCCUUUUUAAUCACAGCAAAGAGUGUUGUGUUCCAAAAGUCAAAGCUCCACAGCAAAAUCACAACGUCCAUUGUGACUACAAGAAGGAUAUCGUAACGUGUAUGUCGCGCCACCCUCUAAAAAUUCCAGAGUAGAUUCUCUCUGAAAAUGUUCUGGCUUAAACACAUUAUAAUUUUCUUUUCAUGUACUUAACUGGUUAUCUUGUCUGAGUAAGAUUUAAUGAAUAUUAACUCCCUUUUCUUGGUAAUGAGCAAAAAGAUAUACUGUGUAGAAAUGAAUUUGCCAACAGUUGAAACCCUGUUUUAACUGGUAUUUUCUACUUUUUCCUUCUUAGCUCAUAAGAAGUCACUUUCUUCCUAAAGUUUAUAUAACCAUUCACUUCAUUUUCCUUAAAAGAACUCUAAGUUACCUAAAAUGCAUAACAGUUAUCUAGUGUAGCAGAGGCCAUGAAUGACUCAAAAUGUGAAUAACUUAUUUUUAAAGAUAGAAUUCUUUGCCUGAUUUUCUUCUAGGGCUGUAUCGUUUGGUGCAAACAGAAUCAGAAAAUAGCCUUUGUUAGUAAGCAUGUAGAGAGUUAAAAAAUUGGGUGGGGAUUAUAUUGUAAUUUAAUCUAUUUAGAGUUUUCAUAGGUACCACAGAGCCCAAGAAAGUAGCAUCCUUACUUUAGAGGAUACUUGGAACCGAAAAGGGAGUAAAAUAUUAUAGCAGUACUCUUUGUAGUAGGCACUGGGAAGUCUGUUGGCUGAUAAAGUUAGCUCCUGCCCCAACCCCCAAACACAUACAUGUGAGUCCAGUGACACUUUGAAGAUCUGAAGGAAUCAGUGAGUGAGAUAAAUCAGGGUUCUUGAAUUCUAGGAGCUCGCUGUGACUAUGAAGGAAGCUCAGGC